CGGAAGGAAUCGAGCCCGGAACUCGAGCUUAAAUCAUGUCUACAGAUGAGUUAAAUUUUGUUUGCGAAAAGUUGGGUAACUUUGAGUACAUGGACAAUCAGCUGGAAUCGGCCAAGGAUUACGCUCACUGGCUGCUCUCCAACAUGGAGGUGAGCUGGCGCGGCUGCCUGAUAUCCGGAUUGCUGGCCUAUUUGCGUGAGCCGGGACCGCAGCGUUCGCCGCGGCAAUGCGUGAAGGCGCUGCGAGUGCUGCACGAGAUGACGACGCACUGCACCAAGGUCGAUCUGAGGCGUCUGGUGCUGACCACCGAUUUGCUUGCGCUGAUGCGCGAAAUGCUGCAGAUUCCCAAAUUGCGUGGCACCAUCAAGAGCUGCUGCCUGGCGCUGUUGAGCAACAUCCUCGUCUCCGGCUGGCGCAUGCGGGACGCUGUCGUCGAGUCGGGUCUGCUCGCCGAGCUGCUGCAGAUACUGACGCAACGGCCGCGGGGCCAGCAGCCGGUGCAGCAGUGCGACAAGGGACAGGUGCUCUGGCUGCUCUACCAGGUGUUGCGCUACAAGGUGCCGGGACCCACAUCGACGGCCAUACGGGAGAUUGCCGCCGCGCUGCCCGUACUGCUGCAUCGCUCACAGGACGUGGAGCUGCUGGUGCCAGCGCUGCGGAUGGCUCGCCUCAUCUCCGAGUACCACUCGACCAUGGUGCCGGCCGUGGUCAAAACGAAGCUGUUGGGUCGCGUUAUACGUUUUGUGCUAAGUCCGUUGCCGGAGAUCCAGCGAGAGGCGCUCUUUGUGGUGGCCAAUGUGUGCCUGGAGUACCGGCGACGUCAGACACUGUUUCGUUUUCCCAAGAGCAUUCUGCUGCACGUUCACGGCCUGGUGCUGGGUGGGAAGCCAGAGAUACGCUUGCUCGUGCUGCAGCUGCUGGGCGGCAUUAUCGACAACAGGUGCAUCAAGCUGGAGCAUUUCGUGGAGCUGGGCUUGAUCAAGAAGAUCGUGUACUGCGCCAGCAAGCACGAAAAGGAUGCUGCAGUGCGUCUGACCGCCGGCUGGACUCUGGUCAGUCUCGCUUUGCGUCUCUGCCGCUGCUACUUGGAUUAUUUUAUCGACUGCGGCGCUCUGCAUGCCAUCUGCGAGCUGGUGCGCCUGGAGCUGCCGGUGCAGCUGCUGCGCAACAUACUCGUCGUGCUCUUUCUGCUGGGCGAGAAGCAUUGCCAUAGGAAGCUGUGUCUGCUGCACGUCAUGUGGCAGUGCAACAUUUGGCCAAAGAUUCAAUCGCUGCAGGGCAGCAACAAUGCUGCCGUUCGAACGCUCUGCACGCUUCUCACCUCCCGUCAUGCCAUGGAGUUGAUUUGGCCCGAGGCGCGCAUCUAUAUGAGAAUGUAAUUUUACAUCGAAAUAAUAU